AUGAGUUUGGAUGAGCGAUUGAUAUUGGUGCUACAGUCUUUUAGUAGAGGUGGUGCUUCAAAGGAAGAGCAGGAGUAUACAGCAGAGCUGUUGAUUGCUGCUACAGAGGAGGUGGAUCAGAAUCGAGAGUGUCUUGUCGAGACAAUUAUUGAGGUGUUAAAGGAGACGGACUUUGUAGACACAAGUCAAUUACAGCCGAUUGCAGAGCAAGUUGCUAGUGUUGUGCUUGGUAGUGAAGACGACGAUAAUGAACAAAAGCACGAGGAGUUUAUUCGGAGUAUACGCAAAGAACGUUUAGAAUCGCAACUUGCUAUUGGCAAGAGUUGUCUUGUCGUGCUUGAAGAGGAUGAAGCUUGGCACCCAGCAAGAAUUACUAGUCAUAUUGACGAAAAUGAUGAGGAUCUUGUCGGCAACGACCGUCCGAUAAAAUUGGAAAUAGAGUUUAUUGAGUUCGGCAAGAAACAGAUUGUUCGAGAGGAUGAAAUUGUGUUGGAUGAAGACGUUGCUGAUAGUGAAGAUUCUGGAAAUUCCAAAGGUUUAUGUGAAAUGUGUGAGCGACCAACGAAACUGACAGCACACCACGUCAUACCGCGAGUUACUCAUGCGAAAUAUCUCCGUAAAGGGUAUACAAAAGAAUUUUUAAAUUUCUGUAUCAUGAUUUGUCGUCAAUGUCACAGCAAAAUCCACGCAGUUGAGGACAACAAGACACUAGCACGUGAGUACAAUACGCUUGAAAAAAUUAUGCAACACCCAGAAAUCAUCGCCUGGGUCGCGUAUGCUAGAAAACAAAAAGCACGAGUUAUCCCAAGGAAGAAAAGUAAGUGGCCUGUAGGUAAGUGA